AUGAUCAAGCUUAUUGGGUCGAAACAUUAUGCAGCAUUCUCGUGUGAUGAAUCAUCCCGGAGGAUUGUUCUUGUUGGGAAAACUGGAGUUGGCAAGAGUGCAGCAGGAAACACCAUCUUAAACGAGAAAGUCUUUGAGUCCAUUAGACGGUCCUCCUCUGUAACACUUAAGUGUGAAAAAAAGAAAGCAGAUGUUAACGGUCAAAUGGUGUCAGUAGUGGAUACUCCUGGACUGUUUGACACUAAGCAACCCAAUGAGGAUGUGAUGAGGGAGAUUGUUAAAUGCAUCUCGUACCUUGCUCCUGGUCCUCACGUGUUCCUAGUGGUGAUCCGUGCGGAUGUAAGAUUCACUGAAGAAGAACAGGAAACAGUGAAGCUUAUUCAAGAGAUGUUUGGGGAAGAGGCCUCAUGUUACACCAUGGCCCUGUUCACCUGUGGAGAUGAGCUGGAGGCAGAUGGAGUUAAAAUUGAAGAUUUCAUGAAGGAUGAUCCACACCUCCUUCCCUUCAUCCGUCAGUGUGGUGGAGGAUACCACGUCUUCAACCACAGAAGCAAGGAUCCCUCUCAGGUCAGAGAGCUGCUGGAGAAGAUCAACACAAUGGUGCAGAGGAAUGGUGGAGGCCACUACACCACUGAGAUGUUUGAAGCAGUGGAAAAGGCCAUAGAGGAAAAUAAAAUGAUGAUUAUGUUAGCAACCCCAAACAUCUCAGAUGACGAGGCAAGAUCAAUGGCAGAGGAAGACAACAAAUUUAUUAUCAUGUUUCUUCAUUGUGUUAAAGCUGCUUCUGACGCAGGUGAAGCUGUUGCGGGUGAUUUUGGGGCUGUCCUUUCUGCAUCCGCUGCUGCUCUUUUUGGAGGUGCUGUACUUCUUCAUGUAGCUGCAGCUGUGGGUGUGGCUAAGGCCAAAAAACAGUGCAGCAUCCAAUGA